AUGUUGUCUUGGUAUCGAUAUCAACGGGCGAGACAGGAGAUGGCAGCUCCCUGCAAAGAUCGACCGGACAGCUUCAUCUCAACUUCCGCAGCCACCGACUCGCCCGCUCCAUCGCUCAAGUCUAUCGCUUCAUCUGACGCAGCGGCAACGAAGCCUACGACUUGGCGAGAAGACUCGAUCUAUCGCCAGCCCGAAGUAGGACCUGUCAAUGAUAUACGCUCGAGUCCGCCCGCAGGUGACUGGAAAGAAUCUUCAAAGCUGCCCACCCUGGCUCAAAGAAGUCCCGGCCGGAGUUUCGAGCUCGUUGAAUUCAACCGCGCUGCCAACGGGCCCUCGUCACCACCAUCCUCGCCGUCUGGCCCGUCUCCCUUGCGCGCAGAGUCACGUCGACGAAUACACCCCGGGAGGAAAAAAGGUCCCACUGCAUUUGCAUGGCUGUUUGGGUGGGGGGGAAGGAGGGGUCACCAGAAUCCUAUUCACAGCCAGAGCGAUAGGCGAGAUAGCCAUAAAGAGAGUCGACAAAGGAACAGGCACGGCGCCAGAUCAAAGCGGACGAGAAGUGCCGAACAGGCGAACAUCGACGGAGGAGAAGAAGAGAAGCAAGACAAUAACAGCAGCUAUUUUGGAGAGGGAGGCCUACGGCAGCAGUUAUACAAGCUUGGUCGUGGAUCGCUAGCUCGUCUAGCUACAGAGGAAGAGACCAUGAAGUUCUCUCAUAGCAUCCAGUUUAACUCCGUUCCGGACUGGAGUGACAGUUAUAUUGCAUACAGCAAUUUGAAAAAGCUAAUAUACACGCUUGAAAAGCAGGUGAACCACCCGGAAGGCCACGAGAAUGGAGAAGUCGAAUCUGCUCCCCUCCUCGAUAGGACUCUCGACACGGACGCCAUCUUCCGUCGUGCGUUGGACGGGGAGCUGGAGAAGAUAUGUUCGUUCUACCGCUCCAAGGAGGCAGACCUGUAUCGGGAGGUGGAGGAAAUAAAAAAGGAGAUGGAAUCCUUUGCCGAAGACAGUAUCGGGAUCAACAUGGACCCAAUUGCUCAGUCCCAUGUCAAAUCACGAACGCUCAGCUUUGGAGGCAGAAACCGGCGCAGCGAGACGACACGCCACGCCACCCUUGCCCACCACCGAUCAAGCACGAUCAGUGAACCAUCUGGGCCCGAUGGUGAAGGUGAAGCUGACAGUGAUGACUCGGAGGAUAACAUGGACAUGGCCGAGUUCCCACAGCGAAGGAUAAGGAGGCACUCGACCUCGUCUAGGGACUGGACAAAGGACCCACGGCCGCAGGGAGAGGACCUGAUGAACAGCGAGCUGAAUGAAUCGAGACUUUGGGGGAUUGCGCACGACCCAGAGCACUCGGCAUUGUAUGGAAUCGGCGUGUCGUUGAAGAAACGUGUCAUCGGCAUAUAUGUGUCGUUGUGUGAGCUCAAGUCGUUUAUCCAGCUUAACCGCACCGGAUUCUCGAAGGCGUUGAAGAAGUAUGACAAGACUCUCGACCGAAGCUUGAGGAGAGGGUACAUGAAUUCCACUGUCCUGGUGGCCUUGCCAUUUACAGAUCCAACCAUCCUCCAGCUAGACAACACGAUUGUUAGCGUUGAGAGACUGUACGCUGGCUUCGUUACAGAUGGAGAUCUGGCACUAUCUAGACGAGAGCUUCGUCUCCAUCUACGUGAACAUGUUGUCUGGGAACGCAACACGGUAUGGAGAGAGAUGAUCGGUAUAGAAAGGAAAGCACAGGCUGCGAAUAUGGGAAUACGCAGGACGCUUCUUGGAGGAGAGCAGGAUAUGGAAACAGCUCAACGACAAGGCGACGAGCAGGAGGCGGGUAUAAAGGAAUUCAUCACGCCCGUAGGACGAUGUCCCGUCCCUUCGUGGCUGUUGUCGUCGACGUUCGCGACCCUGGUUGUGAUCCUCGUCAUAUUCGGCGUGAUGCUGGUGGUGCCGACCAUGAAGAAGCCGGAGCAGCAGAAUUGCCUGGCCAUGCUUGUGUUUGUCAGUUUACUCUGGGCUACGGAAGUUAUACCGCUCUUCGUCACAUCGAUCCUUGUGCCGUUUCUCACUGUUACGUUGGGAAUCAUGCGGUCGGAGGAAGACCAUGUCAGAUUGGGUGCAAAAGCAGCUACGGCCGCGGUCUUUGCAGCCAUGUGGACGCCGGUUAUCAUGCUUUUGCUCGGAGGGUUUACUAUUGCGGCCGCCCUCUCGAAGCAUGAUAUCGCGCGCAGGAUGGCUACAUUUGUGUUGAGCAAGGCCGGUACCAGACCGAGAACCGUACUGCUCACCAACAUGUUUGUUGGUAUGGUGCUGAGUAUGUGGAUUAGCAACGUUGCUGCCCCCGUGCUCUGCUUUUCUAUCAUUCAGCCAAUGCUUCGAAAUCUACCGACUGAUUCUCGAUUCUCCAAAGCCCUCAUCCUAGGCAUUGCCCUGGCUUCUAACAUCGGAGGUGCUGCAUCGCCAAUCGCAUCACCGCAGAACAUCAUCGCAUUGCAGAACAUGGACCCUCCCAUCAGCUGGGGAACGUGGUUCUUCAUCGCACUGCCAGUCUGCAUCCUCGCGAUCCUAGCUAUCUGGGUCCUCCUCCUGGUCACAUUCAAACCAGGCCGGGGGACAACCAUCGUCCCAAUUCGAGCCGUUAAAGAUAAGUUUACCGGUAUCCAAUGGUUUAUCACCUUCGUCACGAUGGGCACCAUCUGUCUAUGGUGUGUUAGCCAUCAGCUUGAAAAUACAUUCGGAGACAUGGGCGUCAUCGCCAUCCUCCCGCUGGUACUCUUCUUCGGCACUGGCAUCUUAACGAAAGAAGACUUCAACAACUUCCUCUGGACGAUCAUCAUCCUGGCGUCCGGUGGACUCUGCCUGGGGAAAGCAGUCACUUCCUCAGGCCUACUGCACACAAUUGCCCGCUCGAUAACGAGCAGCGUUGCCGGACUCAGCCUGUACGGCGUGCUCUUUGUCUUUGCGGCGUUGAUUCUGGUGGUGGCGACUUUCAUCUCACAUACGGUGGCGGCGUUGAUUCUGCUCCCCUUGGUCAGAGAGGUGGGUAUGGGUAUGGACGAGCCACAUCCUAAUCUAUUAGUGAUGGGCAGUGCACUGAUGUGCUCCGUGGCUAUGGGCCUGCCGACCAGCGGCUUCCCCAAUAUGACUGCCAUCAUGAUGGAAGUACCCGAGACCGGCCAGCGAUAUCUUCGUGUCCGCCACUUCAUCACACGAGGCGUUCCUGCAAGCAUUCUGUCUUUCGGCCUUGUUGUAACCCUUGGAUACGGACUGAUGGUCGUUGCGGGGUUGUAG